AUGAUGGAACGAAGCAAAGAAUUAACAAGACAGAACCAUAUCUUGAAUAGAGAGGUGACAUUCUUAACGAAAGAACUGCAAGACGAAACGAGCGCGAAGGAAACUCAAAGGCAAGAAAUGGAGAAGGAAAACAGUGAGAUGAAAAGUAAGAUUGGACAACAAGCGUCCAUUAUAGCGACUUUGGAAGCAGAUAAUGCACGAAUCGUGAACGAACAGAAGUUGCAUUUGAAGAAAAGUGAUAUGAUGAGAAAUAUAAAAUUAUUGAACGAUGCUCUGGCAGCGAAAAAGUUACCGGAAGAGAAACAUAUGGUGAGAUGACAGCCUGUUAAGGCGGAUUUCCAUUCAGUGGAAAAAGUCAGUCAACCUCAUCCGUUGCGCUUGGUCGCUUGUAUUUCAAAAGAAAGUGGUCGCAAAAAGUCGAUCGCGCGACUUUUUCCACUGAAUGGAACUGAUCCACCUUUAAGGCAAUUUUCCAUUGCAGUCGCUUUGCCCGGCCGCGCGGGGGAAGCGGGCUUUGAAAAUCUGCUCACGCGGGCGUCACGGGCUUCAAAAACAAUGUACGCUUCGUCCGCGCGGACAAAGCGAAAGACACAAGAAAGGAAGGGAGAGGGCAUUUCUUUACUUGGUGCGUGUUAAUUUCAAUACAAUUAAACUUUACGUGGCUUCGGCAUUUCGACUUAACAAGAUCUCUAACAAAAUUUUUGCGAUUUCGUUGAACCACAGGGAUAUUAUAAGAUGUUGGAGUUAUCUCUAGCGUUUUGGUGACAGGGGACCCUGGGGUUGCGAUAGUGUACGGUGGACAAAGUCCAGAUAAUUCAGCCAGUCUUUCCGACUGGUUCGUGAACGAAAAAACGUAUACUGACUGUUCUUCCCUGUUAUGUUCUUUCCAGUCAAAGGUGGGCUCGGUCCCGGCUUUUUCUUUGUUUUGGGCAAAUCAAUUAAAGGGAUGUGACCCAACCAAUCUAAAGGCUGAUUCCGCUGUUUCGAUCGGCUUAUAAGAAUAGUUUCUCUAACCACAGGAAAAUCGAUUAAGGGGAGAUUGAUGGCAUUCGCCGUCAUUCUAGCAUCUGUUGUCUUCAUGGUAGAUGUUUGUGAAAUAUUUUGCUUAGCAGACUUGAGAGUACAAGAUGCCUUGUGCUUUCCCUCUAAGAGAGGCAGUUUUCCUAACCAAUUUUCUGGAUUAUUUUUUGAUACCGCAAGAGACAUGGUCGUGAGGGCCUUCAGGGUUGUUAUAGCAGGCACUGGGAUAUUUUGCAAAGACGAGUUAGAGUCAGAGACAUGAGAUUUACCAUUAUUCAGCCUAAUAUCAGUGUUAUUCUCGUGCCUUGUACUCGUAGUCUCGACAUCUUCCCAAUAUAGCCACCUCUAUAAUAGACACUUCUCUAAUACGAAUAUCAUUCUAAUACGGACACGUACUUCUCUAAUACGGACACCUCUCUAAUACGGACACCUCUCUAAUACAAACAUCUAUAUUAUACGAACAUAUCUCUGAUAGUGUAAUCUCUCAAUAAUAUGGACAUUUCUCUAAUACGAACAUCUCUCCAAUACGGUUAUCACUCUAAUAUCGACACUUCACUAAUUUGGACUAAUACUGACUCAUUCGAACACGAAUACCUCUUUAAUAUGGACACCUCCACUAUUGCACAUCGAGGUCUUCUUUGAUACGGCCACCAGAUAUUAAAUAUCAGCUGCAGAGACAAUGACAGUCUUUUGAUGGGAGUUUUCGCUAAGCGCACAGUUAAUAUCUAAUCAAAUCUCAUCAACUCUUAUUCUCGUUUGACCAGGGCACGAGAGUUAUGAAACCUCUCGAUUGUCAACUGUCAACAUAUUUUCACGUUUGACUCAGACUUGAAGCUAUGAUGAUUAAAGCUUGAAUAUUACUGGCUGGAUAUUACUGGCUGGAUAUUACUGGUCAAACAAGAAAACUCUCAUCAACUCUUAUCAAAAAUUGAGCCAGAAUUUUGUGAGAGAAAGGGACAACGGGGAAACCACAACCCGCAAAAUGCAGGCUCUUUGCCUGCUUUACAACACUGAGCUAUAUAUUUACAUAUGCAAUGCUAUAAUGUACGUUGCUCUCCAAUAAAACACGGGGUGGGCUCCCUUGGGGGUGGAGGAAACACCUCAAAGCACAAGAGACCCAACUACAACACUCUACUUACUUACGAGAAAAGAGUAAGAAAAUUCCAAAACAUUGUUCUCUUAAGGUGGCCAUGACAAUGAUCGAAAAGACACUGGAAGUGACAGGAGCACGUCUCGCAUGUCUGGUGAGGAAAUACAUACUUCAUAAAAGUUGGAAGAAGAUAUGUGAAGCUAUGAAAGAACAUAAUAAAAGUCUCAAGAAGAGACCGCGUAAAGUUGAGAUAUAUCUGCAGAAAAUGGAGCAAAGAAUAGCUGAGGUAAAAUACAAUAAAAGUUUAAACGUGGAGGUCCAUAGCUGGAGGGCUUGUGCACCCUCCAUUGACACUCAAGAGUAGCUCAGAUUGAACCUCGUCCACUCAUUGAUAGCCUGUGUACAGACCUUACUCUCGACGAAGCGCGCGAGAGAACGUCUGUGAGUUGGAUGAAGAUUCCUUGUUCUGGUCACGUGCAUUUCCCCCAGAUUUGGGGAAAGGUCUCUGAUUGGACAGUGCUUUAUUUGAAUAAUUUAUGACAAGUGAAGAUAUUUCAUUUUCAUUGGUUAAUUGAUAAUUGACAUGCAUUUAAAAUAACGACACAAAAAUUCUAAAUUCACAGAUUUCCUCAAGAAAUCAAGAUUUUCUUCGGGCAUAAUAUAAUCUGAAAAACGAUACACCAGAAAUAUAUUGCAUAUAUUUCUCGAUGAAGUUGACAGAUUGUCAAUUUAUUAAAUUGUUCAAUUAGUCAAUCAUAAAUUAACAAUUUCCGUCGGAUAGUUUGUUGUAUUUUAUAUAUUUGUCAGCAUUGUUCGCUAAGUGUCCAAACACUAGAAUUUAAUCUUGGUUUUCUUAACUUCGAUACAGCACAAAAUUAAACGCAACGCCAACAGAUUAUACUUUCAAGUCUUUCAAACCUUUGUAUGCCCCGAAAGGAAAUCUUCUUGAUUCUUGAGGAAAUCUCUAAAUUUAAAAUUUUUGUGUUGUUAUUUUAAAGCAUGCUAAUUAUCAAUUAACCAAUGAAAUAGCUUCAUUUGUCAUAAAUUAUUCAAAUAAAGCACUGUCCAAUCAGAGGCCUUUCUCCAAAUCUGGGGAGAAUCCACGUGACCAGAACAAGGAAUCUUCAUCCAACUCUCAGACGUUCUCUCGCGCGCUUCGUUGAGAGUAACGUCUGUACACAGGCUACUCAUUGAGUGAGCUUCCAGAAUACGAGCGUUAGAUGCUAUCCAUACUUAUCCAUCCAAUUAGAAUAGUUUUGUAAGCAAAUGGGAAUAAGGAUUGUAUAGUUAUUUGACGAUCUAUAUGAUUAUGUAUAUUAUAGUUCUAACUAUUUUAGUAGUAAAAUUUAAUCAUGUAUCAUAAUUCUUAAUGCUAAGUCACUCUUUGUAAAGUUAGGCAAUUCAGUUUUUACUGCAAUGUAACUGCCUUUUAAAUUGAUAAAUCAAUAAAUCACCAUAAUCAAAUUUUGUAAAUUGUAUUUUCCAGGAAAAGAAGAAACUAGUUGAACGGAAAGCAGAAGUAUUGCAAAAGAAAACAGAAAUGUACAUGCAUUUCAAACUCAUGUAGGUAUCCAAUAUUUGACGUGUACGACAUUAGUUCAGGGUGGUGAGUUUUAGAUUCGACAUUUGUUACCGCUACAAUUAAGGGAUCAGUAAUAACCAAUUAGAUGGCUUCAAUUUACCCGAUUAACCAAUCACAUGCGUGUUUAGUCAGAGAAAGGUUGUGAUAUUAGAAGUCAAAUCUAAACCUCACUAAUAUUACAGUAUGGUACUUUUUUGUCUUCAGCUAACAACUACCACGUAGGUACGCGAACUGUCGUUUUCUGCCCUACCAACUUUUUGCUGGUACCUUUCCAAGCUCAAGGGUAUUCAAAACCAUAAUUUAGUCGGUAUUAUGUGUACGUUUGACAUAAAACAUGAUUGGACUAACAGGACUAAGGAAUGUUGGAGUCGAUUGUAUUGUUUGUAUAUGCAAUCGUGCUUGUUCUAGAAAUACUUUGGAUACCUUUCAGAAACCUGCAUUGUAUGUACUAAGUACACACUGGGUAUCAUUGGCCUACCAGUCAGGUACGACGAAAUAAUAAUCUUGAAUUAUCAGCAACUUGUAGCAGAUGACUGGAAAACUGCCCAGUACCUAAUUCAAGGUGCAGCAAUUGAGCAAUAUUCAAGGAUUUUAGUUGCACCAUACUGGUACUCCAAUGAUUAUUACCACGUACUUGAGCAGGUAAAAUUUGGUCACGAUAAAGUACAUCAUUAGUUACAGUUUUGUAGAAGACAUUUAUCCAGUAGCCUGAAACUAUGAGUUGGAAAAAAGAGGAGCAAAAUUGCAAAUGCAAACUCUAAAAUUGACUCCUUAGUACAAUCUCAACCUACCCUCUAAAAAUACUGGUCACAAUAUCCUGGUUAACCCAAAAAACACUGUUUGGGUUAACUUAAUAUUCUUGGUUCAAUUUCCUGUUUAUUGUAUAUCACUUCCUACCAUAGUCUGGUUAAUGUAACCAGGUUAUAUGAGAUCAGGGCUUGCUGGUUAAAUUAACUAUGUUAGGUACAAUAGGUAGAUAAAUAACCAGGAAGUCCUGGACAAAUAAACUACUGUGGAAAUUGAACCAGGUAUAAUAAAUUAACCCAAACAGGGUUAGUUCUAGGUUAACCAGAAAAAAAUUAAACUAACCAGAUUGUUUUCAGACUGUAUCAGUCGAAUCAUGUUUCAUGCCAUGUCCGAGAUACGAUUUUGAAUACUUCCGAAAAGGUCGGUCAUAUGGUAACACGAAAGGGUACAGUAAGGUUGAAAACAGGACCAGACCGUAUUGGCGUACCUUGUGUUCGUAAGUACGCGAAUUAUCGCAGCGUUAUUGACCAAUUACGAGGGGACACGUAAUCCUAGCUCAUUGGAGGUAGAAUAUGGAAUUGAAUGUUAAAAUUAAAGAUUUUGCUUGCGACUUUGACAUAUAUAAGUGAAUCUCUUUGGAUGGUGCCUCCUGGCAAUUUUGCAUUCAAUUCUUUUUAUUUCUGAUGGCUAACACUGACACGAAACUACGUAAUAGAUUGACAUUUCAGUGCUAGCCAAAAAAGUUAUUUUAGCGCCGAUGCUCCUGGAUAACAAUUAGUCAACGAUGGAAGAAAUUUUCGGAAGAAGUGGAGAAUGUGCAGACUUUCACAAGCUGUUCAAAAGGCAUCCGCAUGGUAUUAAUGCUGAUCAGCCAUCCAAUACCUGUCCUUUUCAAAUCUCCAUCCAAAUUUCAAAACAACCAUCCAAAAGAUCAUAUGUGGAAGGGUAGCCGGCUUCCAAGAAAUACAUCUCUACGACACUACGACACCUGUCAAGACAAAAUGUGCUAAAGAAGACUGAGGGGUGAAAGGGGGGGGGGGAGAAACCACUUUCAUCAUAUGAAUCAUGUUCUUUUUUCCAGGUGUAACGAAUUAAAUAAAGAACAUGGUGUCCAUCUCAUCCGACCACAUGUCCAGAAAGUACAUUCCAGUCCCUCUGUUUCAAAAAUACUUCCCGACCAAGAAUCAAUAAUACACAAGAAACGACAAGAUCACUUGAAGAAAAUGUUAAGCAGACGAAUUGGUAACCUUGGAAGCUUGAGUGGCGGUGUUAAAGGAUUUAAGUUUUUUGUUCCUGAAGAAACUGACACAACUUCUUGGCAGGUAAGCAAGUGUACACAUAGGGAUGUGUCGGAUCAUACUGUUUUGCAGGAUAACGGAUGGUACCGGGUAGUAGUCAGCCGGAAUACUAAUGGUGCUACAUGGACAAUACUUCCCCACAACACAAUCCAUUGUUUAACUAUGUGCUUUAUCUAAUAUCUGUGGCAAAGGGGACUGUAGGUAAUCUAGCUGGAGCAGAAAGCAGUCUAGAUCUCGAAAAUAUUUUCUGCACGAUUUCUUAACACACAGAACUGAAGAAACGGUUUAAUGGUUCUAAAACUUCUAAUAGAGGUUCAAAUUUAACUUCCACUACCUCUCACUGGCUUAUUACACAUCUGAUUGGUUGAUCGGAUAAAUCAAACGCAUCUGAUUGGCUACUGAUCCCUUAAUGGUUAUGGACGUCAAAUCUGAACCUCGCUAAUAAAAGUCCCAGUACUGUCCAAUAAAUAUCCACCCAAAAUUUGCCCGGGUACCCGACAGUGCCAGAUAUCUAUUUUUACCGGAUACCAUUUAACAAUUAUUCGCCGAAGGCGAGGUGAUUAUCUGGGAAUAUUCACUGAGACGAAUUUCGCUUUUUUCUUUAUCAGUAACUUCCACAAAACGGCUAGCAGCCAUUUUGAAAAUUUCGGUGUUGUUAUAUUCACUUGUAGGCGAAUAUAACAACUUAAUUAAUACGUCAAAUUUGACCAAUCAACUUGUAGGAUUUGUUAUAUUCGCUUGUGCAAAAAAUACUAAAUAUGCAUUAUCCGGACUCGACAUACCCCUAUAUUACUACAGUAAAAAUCCUACCAUUAGGUAAGGGCUUUUCAACAGAGAAUUUCAUCUUAGAGUCAUAGAGUAUCUGAGCGCCAUAUAAUUACAGUAUAUAUUCUAUCAAGCCCUCUGAAGGGCUUUUUUAUUGAAGACCAGGCAUUUAGCCAACCGUCCGACUCCUAUGGACGGCCAGGAAAAUCGAAUAUCGAAAAGGUUGUCUACUUUAUCUAUUGCAUAAGUGUCCAUUCUUUUUUCCUCACAAUAACACUUGAUUAUGAGUAUAUAUGACAAUUAAUUAUUGAUUUCAAGUGCUACGUUUUUCGAACAUGUCCACAAAAACAGGUUGCCACAUCCACGGUAUUUUUUGGACGGCCAGUUUUUCAAAUUCUGAUGAAAACUCUGUUUCAGGCAUGUUCGUGAGAGGGGGCUUAGUAAAGAGGAGGCAUUAAUAGAGUAACGCCCGUAUUCUAGAAGCUCCCUCACACUCACCCUCAAUGAGUGGAGGUUCAAUCUGAGCUACUCUUGAGUGUCAAUGCUGUUUUUGAAUAGCCGCAUGGAGGGUUAGUGUCGUACCUUACUAUGUGACUAUUCACAGCUAUUCAAAAACAGCAUUGGCACUCAAGAAAAGCUCAGAUUGAACUCAUUGAGUGUGAGUGAGCUUUUAGAGUACGGGCGUAAGGGUUUAUUUGCUUACAUAACACGCACUAUACAUUAUUUGUUGGAAGUGCAGUAUGUAAAAUUUAGCCAAAUUAACCCUUUAACUGACAUUGCGCCCUAAUGUGACCUACUAUAUAUGUCAUGUUACUUUUGACUCUAACGGCAGACCAUUUUUCUCCUCAAAGAAUAUCUGGCACUCAAUGGCUUUAUAUAAGCAUGCCCAUUGGCUUUGUUAAUAAUAGACUGAUCAGAACACACGUGUUUCCUCGUGGUGAAGGGAGGGGGCAUAUUUUACAGGGAGCUUUAUGGAAUAUAUAUUAUCAACAACAUUAUAAUUGUGCUUUUUUUGUAUUUUAGUUUCCAGCAAUCGAGACAACACAAAGUUCUAUUGUUACACCAAAAAUUCUUGAUAUGGAUAUGAAGAAAGCAAGAGAAAGCUAUCAGCGGUAAGUGACUAACGCCCGUAUUCUAAAAGCUCACUCACACUCAAUGAGUGGAAGUUCAAUCUGAGCUUCUCUCGAGUGUCAUUGCUGUUUUUGAAUAGCUGGAGGGCUAGUGUCAUACCUUACUAUGUGACUACUCACCCUCCAGCUAUCCAAAAACAGCAUUGACACUCAACAGAAGCUCAGAUUGAACCGGUUUCACACAUUGAGUGUGAGUGAGCUUUUAGAAUACACCACCACAAGCUGCCCCCUGUUAAAAUCUGCAUUACCUGCAUACUGUAUAUUGUAAACUGGGUGCUAAUGCCGACAUUCAUAAAAAUACGUUUUCAGAAAUCUUAAAAUAAUCUUGAUAGCAUUAUAGCAUACAUACUCCAGUCCAGACUCCAGAGCAUAUUGGAUAUUGUUGAAUAGCUUCAGCACUUUGUUCAAUCAUUUGGUAUCCUACUGUAGUUUACAUCUCCACCAGGAAGUGAUUCGUUUUCAUUCACGUUUGUGUGCGUGUCUAUAUAUGUUUGACUGUCAGCACUUAUAAAAUAUUUCAAAUGUGAGUCACAGCAACACUAAAAUUUGCGAGAUUAGAUCAGUGCGCACAACGCGACACGAAAUUUAGAGCUAUAUGAAAGUUGCAUGCCCACAUGCAACAAAAAUACUUCGCUAAACCUUAAUUAUCUGCUAUCAUUCCUUUGCAUUCACUGUGCAAUGUAGCGUAAUUCGGGGCAAAACGAGACGCUUAAGCAGUCAUAUAUAAAAAAGAAAGGAAACAUAUUUAAACACUUUUUCAUCAUUGAAAGGUUAAGCAGAUUCUAGUGAACCAAUUCAGUGCAAAAAACUGUUCUUCAGGUAAUAUUGUGGCAUUUAUUCAAGUAAAAUAACCGGAAGUAAAUGUCUCAUAAUGGGGGGUUGACAAAACGUGGACCCCCCUUUCUGGACCCCUAAUCUGGACUUUAAUGGUAGGAUAAAAACUAAGGUUAAUUUUAAAAAUACAUUAUGAAAGUGGAUCCCAAUCUUGACCUUUUAAAAAUAAACAGACCAGAUUGUAGGACACAACCUGAACCGAUUUGGAUUUCAAUAUCACGAUGUCGAUUAAAUUCAUUUAGCUUUUUUCGACUUUCUGAAUCCUCAAUCCUGUUCAAUGUCCUGAUCAUUUCAGUCAGCGGCAAUCGUAUCGUCAUAGGAAGGCACUUCAUCUUGCUUCAAAAUGUCCAAUUCCCUACUCCUAGGAGACACCUUGAAGUCAAAUGCCUGGGGGAUGGUGAUGUUUCGAAAUGAUCGAACAUUAUAUAAUGUCGUACAUUAAUGCUAGGGCAUUGCUGGGCAACAUAGUUAUUCCAAUUAGAAAUAUCUUACUGCAAUGGUUUUCUUGUUUCAUGUUCUUUUGAAUAGGGACAAGUACUUUCAGUAA